AUGGCAACUACCGGUAACACCCACAGCUCUCAUGCUUUCCCACUUCGCUGCUACAGCUCUGUGGAUCCUCGCAAGGCUUGUGAUCCGCCGUCACCCCCUUCGAUGACAGAAAAUGCUCCAAACAAACGGCGCCAGAAAAAGCCUCGCAAGUCCAUCAAGAUCGCAGCCAGGGACUUUGUCACACGCAAAGUCAACCAAAACUUGGAGGACGACUAUGAAAUCAUGGAGAUGCUUGGUGAAGGAGGCUUUGGAGAGGUUUAUCGAGCCAUUCAUCGAGCCACUGGGUCCGAACGAGCCGUCAAGGUAUUGCCUCGAUCUCCAUCGAACGAAGAGAAGAACGAGCAAGUGCGGAAUGAGUUUGAGAUUGUGAAGAAUCUUGAUCAUCCCAACAUUCUCAAGCAAUACAACAUGUAUGAAUCUGAAGACAACUUCUAUUUGGUGACUGACAUCUACCUGGGAGGUGAGAUGUUUGACGAAUUGGAGCGCAAUGGGCUCUUGGUGGAAGAAGAUGCCGCAGCCUUGAUGAACCACUUGCUGUCUUGUAUAACUUACUGUCACCAGCAUGGCAUCUGCCACCGUGACCUCAAGCCUGAAAAUAUCUUGUUGUGCGACAAUGGAAAAUGGGAGGACAUCAAGCUUAUUGACUUUGGAUUGGCAACUCACCACAAUCCGAAUGAUGGGCCUAUGACUGAUGUCUUUGGUUCUCCCUACUACAUAUCCCCUCAGGUUCUAGAGGGCGACUAUACCAACAAGGCUGAUAUUUGGAGCUGUGGUGUUGUUGCCUAUGUUGCUCUGUCUGGAUAUGCUCCAUUUGAUGGAGACACCACAGAAGAAAUGAUGGACAUGAUCCAUGAAGGUUCCUUUGAUUUCUAUGAUGAGGUUUGGGAUGGCAUUUCAGAGGAAGCUAAGGAUUUCAUUGAAUGUCUUUUGACCUAUGACGAAGGUCAACGGCCCUCUGCGUCGGAGGCUCUAAAGCACCCAUGGCUUGUUAAAGGGCGAGAAGCCUCCAAGCAGGCGGCUUUCUCUGAUGCCCGGCGAAGGAGCAGCAUUGAAGAAGCCUUGCAAGGAAUGGAGUCUUUUGAAGCCAACUCCAAACUCAAGCAAGCCACUUAUGCUUUGUUGUCCAGCCAGCUCAUGUCCAAGGAAGCACGAGCUGAGAUCGAUGAAAUCUUUCGGGUGCUGGAUGCUGACUGCAGCGGUCAACUAACAAAGGAUGAAGUCCAAAAAGGAUUUGCUGACUUUUACAAGAAGAAACUUUCCGAGGUGGAGGUUGAUGAUCUGUUUGAAAAAGUCAACUUUAGUCACUCUGGAGCUAUUUCCUACUCGGAAUUUGUCUGCGUCUGUCUGAUGCAAACAGACGGUCUCCAAGAGAAGCGAUUGCGGGCAGCUUUUGAUGAGUUUGACAUUGACAGAUCGGGCAGCAUCUCAGAAAAUGAGCUCAAGCAAAUCUUUGGGGCGUGCGAAGGCAAUGAAGUGAUCGAUGAAGAGGCAAUCAAUGCAAUCCUUGCCCAGGUGGAUGGCAAUGGCGAUGGCGAGAUCUGUUUUGACGAGUUCCAAACCAUGAUGUCUCUAAAAUGUGGGAAGAAGGAAUCGUUGCAGGGAUUGCAUGAGAGCAAAUCAAGCUUCUGCUUGGAUGGCAACGAGGACAACAUUACAGAGUUUGCAAACGAGAGCAACCCUGAUCUUCUGUGCAAGCAUUUCCAUUCUUCGACCAAUACAGCCACUACCCACAUCAGCAGUAGUUGUCACCUGAAUUUUGAGGACGAUGAUGACCACACGUCCACAAACGAUGGAUUGCUGGACGGGCAACGAACGAUCUCACCUUGA